ACGGGGACGGGUGACGUUUCGCUCUCUCUCGUCGCCACCGCCGGUCGGUUCGCUCGGUCUAACUAGCAUCAGUCGCGCUUCGUCCGUCCGAGUAGAGAGUUGAUGCUGCGGCUUCUUCGUGCGUGCAUCUAUCAAUGCACGCGCCGGCUCUCUACCUCGUCGUCCCCUUUUCGUGUCUCGUCCUCGCGGUCAAUACGUGUGUGCUUCAGUUUCCGAAUCCUUGCAUUUCUAUCGCUCCUUACGUCGCAGGGCUCACGUUGCGUGUAAGUCCAAGCAGAUGAAAAUCAAGAGUGUCAGAUGCGAAGUAUCUCGGAAAAAGCUCCCCGACUGAUUUCACGCGGAAUUUAUAUGGGAUUUAUUUUGCCGCGAGAUUUUAUUAUUUUCCCAUGAUUUUCAUUGUAUUGAUGUUAACGGGAAUUAUUUUUGCACGCGUAAUGCUGAACUACGAGUUCUUUUCGACGUGACAAAUGUUAAAUGUCAAACGAUUGCUGCGGAUGAUGUCUAGUGAUGAGAAAUGUUUUUAGUAAAUUAAAAGUGUUUGAUUGCUGUUCUUUGCAUUCUGUUGGAUAAAUAGAAAAUAAAUUCAAUGUACAAAAUAACGAACACAAAGUUUCUUGAAUUUCGUUUGUCUUAAUUACAGAAUAAACUUUUUUCAAACACGAAAAAUAAUUAAGUGAUAAAUUAAUGUUACGCAUUAUUUGUCAGUAAUGACAUGAAAAAUAUUGUCCGAUUAUAUUUUGUCCGAUUAUAUUUAUGUCCGAUAUUUUUUUAAUAUUAAUACCAAUUCGAUAACGCGCUUAUACAAAAAUAUGUUGCAUCUGAUACUCAGACGUUGAAGAUUUCAUUAUUUGAUUUAAUCCUACAAAAUGUUUUGAAUCAAUUUCUUUAGACGGCGAUAGAAAAUCCCAAACUGCUCAACUAGUUUCAAAAUUCCUUCAAUCUCCCAAAAUCGGAAUAAUUGCUAAAAACAGACGAUCGACGUUAAAAAAUCGUCAAUCAUGAACGGAGUAUCGAGUCAGUGCGCGAAGCUGAAGAUGUACGAUAACGAGGAUGACAAGCCGAUAGUGAUAAAGAAGCCGUUACCAUUAAGGACCGUUUCUUGGAGCGAUAAUAUCGAGGAAUCCGAUUUGGAUGUACCCGGAACACCCAGAACACCGCGUACAUCUACGACAAAAGGCCACGAAAAAUGCAUGUUCCACCACGAUUUGGAGUUGGACCACCGGCCGCCCACACGAGAGGCCAUGUUACCGGAAAUGUCUCGGAGCUACAAGUUACUCUUGAGCUCCCUUGGCGAGAACCCGGAGCGGCCAGGACUCUUAAAGACGCCGGAACGAGCCGCAAAAGCUAUGCUUUUCUUCACCAAAGGCUACGAUCAGAGUCUCGAAGAUGUAAUCAAUGACGCAGUAUUCGACGAAGAUCAUGAUGAGAUGGUGGUAGUGAAGGACAUUGAAAUGUUCUCCAUGUGCGAGCACCACUUGGUACCGUUCUACGGAAAAGUGUCGAUCGGUUAUCUUCCCUGCAAGAAGAUACUGGGUCUCAGCAAACUCGCUAGGAUCGUGGAGAUCUUCAGCAGACGUCUGCAGGUGCAGGAGCGACUCACGAAGCAAAUUGCGAUAGCGGUUACGAAAGCUGUGCAGCCCGCAGGAGUCGCCGUUGUGGUCGAAGGAGUGCACAUGUGCAUGGUGAUGAGGGGCGUGCAGAAGAUCAACAGCAAGACAGUGACCUCGACGAUGCUGGGUGUGUUCCGCGACGAUCCGAAGACGCGCGAGGAAUUUCUCAAUCUGGUGCACAACAAGUAAACGACCGGAGGCAUGUCGCGGUGUCGUUAUCGAGGGACCACUAAUCUAACGCACGACACCGCAAUCUCCAUCGCGUUUCGAUCUGCUACCUCGUUGGAAAGGCCUCGGAACCUUCAAGACUUCGCCGCGGACCGUCGUCGCCUCGGAAAUAAAUUAAUUUUAUCGAUAACGCGCGCACCGGCACCGACGGUCUCCGCGAUCGUCUCGCGAGCGCGAUCGGCGGAAGUACGGGUCGCGAUCACUAUCCGGGACAAAGACAGCGCGAACGGGUAGUGAACGCCUCGACAAAGGUGCGCUUAAACUGCUGACCGAGUGACGCUGACAAUAGCACGGGACGAUGACGGUCAUCGUCUUUGUGAGGACGCUCGCGAGUUUCGGGACGACGCGGAAUUCGCGGGCGAGGACGACGCAGCGAAGGGGCAGCGAAUAAACGGUUUAGUCUGAAAAUGAAGUAUUUGAAAAAUAAAGAAUUGCUGCUGGAUCAGCGAUUGUCCUGCUUGAGGGGCCUUGUGUUCGCUGUUCCUUUCGCCGAGCAACUUUGUCGCUCACAGGAGGAUGUUUUAGGAGAAUUUUCGUCGCAGGCUCGCUCGAUCGACGCAAACUCGCACGUCGCGAAGUCGAUGCACAUCUCGUGACAAUAAAUUAUACAUCUUAUACGCUAGUAAAUUUUUUUGGAGGGCCUUUGCUCGAUUCUUUCGUCCGUUUGCGUCGAUCGGGCGAGCUUCCGGGAUUGAGUUUUACUUCGCUGACGUGGAUUUCACGAAUCGCAGCCGCGAAACUCGACAGCCACGAGUCUCGCAGCAUCAUUAUCGAUUUACGUCGUCUAAUCGCUUUAUUUUAUUCGCCAUGUAAUGUUCAGUAAUAAACGUAUUUGAUGUUCAAGAAAAAAUUCUGGAAACUUUUUUUUAUCAAAAUUUAAGAUACAUUUUGCAACAAUUUUUCAAGUUUUUAAA